AGUCCCGCCCCUAGGACAUGCAGCUCUUCCUGUGUAUUCUGGGCGGGCGCUGCUGGCUCUUCCAAACAGUAUCAGAUUGUUUGAAACGUUUGAUUUUCAGCACUAAUGAGCAACUGAAGUGGAUGUGAAGUUACUUUCUAAACUUAACAGCACAUUAGUGUGCUUUGAAUUGAAAGACACGCGUCUGGAGAAGAAGCGGUUCCUGCUCUGGACUAUUAAAUUCAUCACAGAUGGUCUUCACUUGAGCUCCAGUCAAGCCGUCUCGGCUAUCACUACUCUCCGUAAUUCAGAAACAUGGCAGACAGUUUCUACAAACUGGAAGAUGAAGCCUUCCCCAGCUUUCUCUGCAAGUCUCUGGACAGCACCAGCGGCCGCGCCACACUGGGGAAUGUAACACUGGGUUCGGGUCCAGGACUUCCAGUGGCUGCCUCUACAGUGGCUAAAAUUAGACCUGAAUCCGACAACAGAGGGGAACCUGUUGAUGCAUCAUAUCUGGAGAGCAGAGAGCUGCAGCAGGUUACCUCACACUCAUCUGUUGGAGAACAACCAAAGUUUUCCCUCGGCUUCAAAGAUGACAUGGACAAUGCAGACGACUUCAUUGCAGCCCACCGCCUGUCAGACAUGCUUGUUAAAAUUAAUCUGGAUGAGAGCACGUCCAGACACCAUGGGUCCAUAGUGGGGCUCCCUUCCACUCAGAUGGGCUCAGUCCUUGGGCAGCCGACAGAUCUUGGACCAGAUUUGUCUACAGGGCUCCUGACGUUUGCUCAGUUCGGACCUAAAGACUGUACAGAUUCAAAGACUCAGCCCUUUCCAGCAGCAGCUGAGGAGGACAAUGUCCAGAGCGAGGGAGUGGACAGUGAUCAUUUCAGCGGCAGUAACUCAAGCUUCCUGGCAAAUGAGAAACUUAUGUCUGUGGAUAGCAUUAACAGUGAUAUCUCAGAUGACAACAUCGAUUCGAACGACCUGCCUGACGAUGAGCUUGAGCUUUACUUCAGUAAGCUGGUGCCUCCUGCCUUGCAGAGGGGUAGAGUGGAGGGCCAGGAGAUUCCUGCAUCAGGACUGCAAAGUGCUGCUGAUGACUUGUCAAACUCAAGUUCUCCAGAGCCAAUGCAGUGCAGACACCACUUCCUUGAUGACUACGAUCAGGAGGACUUCCGUAUGCCAGAUGUGCGUCUGGCUGCCACAGGUAUGGACUCUUGUCCUGCCAGUGAUGAGGACACUGAGGAUGAGCUAGAGUCUAACAGAAGGAACAGCAAUGCUUCCAGAACGAGGCUGCUGCCGAGCACCUCCAGACAACUCGUUGGAGAGAGUCAUCGUCCCAGUUUCAGGCCGGGCUUAGAGGGAGGCAGCUCUGAUGAUGAGGCUUCGAGUGGCCGGGGUGGUCCAUCUCUGUCUGGCAUUGAACAUCGACGAUCAGCUGAGGGACAAGUCAUCAACCCCCCAGUUACAGGCGAUGGAGGAGGUGGGGAUGGGAGCAGCGGGAGUGAGGAAAGUGGAAACGACGGUGGAGUUUCAACCAUCCCUUUCCCAGCAACUAACCUCCCGACCACCUACGACGUCUUGCGUGGGCUGGGGAUUGUGGGAAGCAGUGCUGCUGGUGAAGAUGAGGAAGGUAUUCUGAAUAAUCUGCCAGGGCAUGGAAGGACUAGUAACUCAAGACACACUGAGAUGGGGGAUCGUGUUGGUCCUGUAGGAACUGGAGAGGCCAGCUCCUCCUUGGGAGCGUUGGUGGAUACUCAGAAACAUUCUCCUGUGAACUGGAGUAUGGCCCUGGAUCGACAGGAGGCACUGGAUGCCAUGGAGAGCACGGACUCUGCGCCCAUGGGUGACAGGUUGUUGGACUCAGUCUACCUGAGGAGUGGAGCAGGAUUCAAGAGACCUCUGGAUGCAGCAAACUUCACUUUCUCCUACCUUCAAGGAACCCAGGGGAGCUUCCACCUCUCACAGGCUAUGUUCCCAGAGUGUAAUGAUGAUGAUGAGGAAGAUGAUGACGGAGUAGAUGAACCUGAUGGAUCCAGGCACUCCUUGGGCUUAAGGAAUGGGCCUUGUGGUGAUGUGACUGGUGCAGAGGCCUCAGUCGGUACUAGCGAGGACGAUGAAAAUCCUCUUUCUACCUCUCUGGAACCGAAGUAUUUCUCUCAGAGCUUCCACCAGGACCCAGAAGAUUCAGACGAUGGCUGGAACAACUGCCCCGACAACCUGGAGCUGGAGUUUCAACAAGGUGCUGGUGCCACUCCUGGUGUCGUGUACCAGAACGAAGAAGGGCAGUGGGUGACAGACCUUGCGUAUUACUCUUCCUUCAUGAAAGAGGUUGAUGGGAAGACGUCAGAGAAUGUUGGACAUAGUGAGACUGAGGAGUUUGUUUCCUCCAAUGAUGCUAUGGAGAAGAUAGUUAAAGAUCAAGAGGAAUUUGAGAAGGAGCACCAGUUCAUGCAGGAGGAGAAGAUUGAACCAGUCAGCAACAACAGCACCUUUCAAAGUGACUCAUCUUGGAAGGUUCCCCCCAGCAGCCACAUCCUGAUGAGGGCUUCCCAGGUCUCGUCUGAGUUUCAGCGUGGAGAUCAAAGCUACCUGCGACUGUCUCUUGGGCAGUUUUUUGAACAACGCUCUGAAGCUCUGGGCUGUUUGGGCAACAGUGAUGAUGAUGAUGCCGUUAAACGGCCAUCUUUUGGCUACAUCAUCACUUCUCCAGAGAAGAGGGACCCGUUUCCCCUCAUUCAUCCUGCAGAGUUUUCAGCUCAAGACGGCUCUCUUCGAAAUGACACAACAGAACUCAGUGAAGCAGAUAAGACGCUCAACCCAGAGGACCUGGACAAAACUCUUGAGGCACCGGGUGAAAGGAUGUCUCCCAAUUAUGAGGCUGACCCAGAACCAUGUGCAAACACGGAACAGGCCAGCAGAGCUUCACUACCUGACCAGACUGAAGGCUCUGCCUCUGAGUCAAGCUUGAGUAAUCAAAGCUGCGUGUCUCCCGACAUAAACAGCAGCAAUCUGAUGCUCAGUAUCAGCACCAUUGCUUCAGCCAUUGCUGAUGCGUCCAUCAGCACUGACCCAUCACAGCUUGCUGCUAUGAUCAUGGAGCUGUCCAAGAGGAGCAGAGGGAGGACUCAACCUGCUGUUAGCUGCACAGAGGAACCACAUUCAACUCAACAUAUCCCCCAUGAGCCAGAUCAUAGAGCCAUGCUGGACACGCUGCAGAGGAGCACCUGUGAUGGAGAUCUAAGUGCAUUUGACAUCGAGAAAUAUCUGAAAAAGGCAAACAUGUCAGGCAGCAGUGAUGCAUCUUUGGCACACACUACCUUUGACCUGACUAGCCUGGCUGAAAACUUCAGGAACCCCCGUACAGGAUGUCUGGAGGAGCAGGAGAGCUCAGCUCAGAGAGUAGAUGGGAAGUGUCCAAGUGCAAGAACUGGAGAGAGAGACAGGAGAGGAGCGAGAGCAUUAAACACAAACUCACUUGCUGCACCACUUUCAAAUGUAUCAUCUCAUAAAGUUGACUCUAAAAGAAGCUCUAUCUCUCCUUCAUGUACAUCGUUCAGCUCUGGCAGAAGAUCUGUAGGCUCAGGACAGUCCUCCAAUCUUAAGUCCCCUGCAGACAGAAUAGCUGCGUAUGAUAAUUCUGCUCCUUCUGACCCCUCAGGCCACAUUCUCACAGACAAUGUUUUGAGGUCUCACAAAGACACAUCACAAUCUAGCUUGCCAAGAACCUCACCAGGAAGGAAGAAGGGACAGUCAGGCCUUCCUCUCCUUGAAGGUUCCUCUCCUCCGCCACAGAGGUCGAGAAGUUCAGGCCAGCAGCAACACAACAGACCCAGCUAUUCUCCCGGGAAGAAGGUGUCACCCAGGAACUUCAAGGCUGCUCAAUUCCCUGAUACCUUUCGCCAGAACACCCAGCCUCCACUACACCCUGCAUCUGGUUUCUCUGGGCCGUGUACAGAGGAAACACAGUGCAACUUCAGACCAUCCACUUCUCCACUCACCCACUCCUCUCCAAGUCAGACCUCUAUUCCCAGUGCUGAUAGUUCGGGAUCCCCUGCUCUGCCCAGUGGAGGUCAGGCAGACAAACGCCCGACUCUCGACCUCUCUCCUCAGUCGACCUGCUCCAGCCCAAGUUUCAGCAGACUCACAUACAUCUCAAUGAAUGAAAGCACUGUCAUACCUACACCCGAGAGGCCGAAGAAUAACUGUACAAUGGCCCUCAGCACCACCAUCAUCAGAUUCAGUCCAACUCCACCUCUGGAACAAGACACACAGGCAAACCAUGACAUCCUCGACCAGCCAAAAAGCUUAGAGCAGAUGCAGCCUCAGCAUUCUAAAAGUCUUGACUCAUUAGCAGCCCAGCAGUGUAGAAGCCCCGAGUCCUGCAGUGGUCCUGCUCUGUCCUGUACUCGCAGCCAGAGUGAAUGCAACUACCACUGUCCUGGGGAAAGAACCGGUGAACUCUUCGCAGGUUACAGGAGCCAAGAGCCACUCACUGAAUCCAACGUAAGAAAGCUCACUAAAGUGGACUCUGGGUACUGCAGUAAUCUGAACAUUCAGCAGACCAGCAGCGCUGCAGCUCCUCAGAGCUCCCAGCAGUGGGGAGCUUCUAGAACAGUGUCAUCCUCCAUGUAUGGUGCUGGUCUUUGCAUUCCUCCGUCCUACUCAGCAGAGGGACUUCACUAUGUCCCCAUCCCGAGCUCUAAGCCCCAAUGUGCUGGACCUAUUGACUUUCCUCAUCAAGCAGAUAUGCAGUCUGCCCACUCCACCGGACACACGCUCUUCAACUCUCAGCAUGCUCAGCAGUAUUUGGGACCCAAGGCUUCAUUACAUCCUGGUGUAUAUCAUGUAGGAGCAGGAGGGACUGGUCUCUACAGUGUGUCCUCUGCAGGUGUACCUAACAGUAAUCUCAUGGAGAGACACACUCAUCACACGUCAGGGUUAUCUAGAGCCGCUGGACUCCAUAACCACCAGGGAACCCAUCAGUGCCAACAGGAAAUGGGAAUGCUGGGAAAAUCCUAUGGUUACUACGGUGCAGAGGCCUUGGUGGCAGGUGGUCUUGAGGAACUGAAAGGUCAAGUGAUGGUUCCAGAGGAAUUGCGGUUCCCUCACGCCUGCUGUGUAGGCAUCGCUUCACAGACCUCACUCAGCCUCUUCAACCCCUCUGAGAGAUGGCAGCAGGUGUCAAUCAGCGUCAGCAGCCUCGCCAUUGAUGGAGAGAAGGUUGACAGCUUGCCAUACCAGUGGCUAAUAGUCAAAAACAAGACCAUCAUCGGCCCGAAAAGCACAGAGGAGCAGAAGGUUCUGUUCAUCCCUCCCCAUGCGGGGGUCUACCAGUGUGUCUUCAGUGUUUGCUCGUGGCCUGCGUCUGCUGAGACAGAGGUCGCUGCCAGGGCCAAUAUCUUUGCUAAACGGGUGGUGCUGGUCGCCAUCGCAGAGAAUCCUUCACUAGAGGUUGAAGUUGGCAAAUCUGACUGUCUGGAUUUUGGAGACCUUCCUGGAGGCAGUGCCAAAUCCCUCCCUGUCAAACUUUUCAACCGGACUCACGCAACAGUGCCGAUCCGUCUGGUCAUCAGCGCAAAUGCUGCAGCCUGGCGAUGCUUCACCUUCUCCAAACACCCUGUCACCUCACCGUCUGAAACAACACAACAGGACGGACACGUGAACUCAGUGUCUUCUCCCUCUGUGAUGAAUCAUGUGAUGCAGGCCAGCUACGGAGAGGAUUCACAGGGCUUCAUGGUCUGGGUUCAUUUCAAAGCCCCUCUCAAGUACACGGCCACUUCAGAGCUUGCUCCAGCAGAUGAAUACAAUGCUCGGGUGGACAUCGAAGUGGACUCUCCUGGUCCGAGUCAGAUUAUUAGGAGUAUUCCUCUCAGGGCGAGGUCUGGAACUGCACGGGUCCAUGCCCCCAAGGACCUGCAGACUGUCAGCCUGUCUGCUCCUCUGGGUAAAUCCAGUCAACAGAUGCUGCCAUUAAAGAAUGCUGGAAACAUUGACGUGCAGCUGAAACUCAAGCUCAGUGAGGCUGAGGACAGUUUUUGUGUGACACCUGAUGAACUUGUGCUGAGAGUGGGAGAGGAGCAGGGCAUCAUGGUCUCUUUCAAAGCACAAGGCAGCAGGACUUAUCGCGAAAGCCUCCUCACCAUCUUGGUGCUGCCAUCAGGUCCUCAGUAUGAAGUCACCUUGAGAGGAGAUGUCCUACCAGAGGGCUCUGGGAAACCGGCCAUUUCCUCCGCUGCCGUCUUCGGUCCCGGUGUGACCACGGAUGUUCCACCAAUUCUUUCAAAUAAACAAUUUGUAGCCUGGGGAGGGGUCACUCUGGGACGAGCUGUUCAACAGAAGCUGGUUCUGAGGAACAACUCAACCAAUGUCACACAGCAGUUACGGCUGCUAAUAAGAGGCCAAGACCAGGACUGUUUUCAGCUCCAGAGUAUGUUCAGUCCUGAAGAGCGUCUGACCCGACACGGAGAGCUGUCCAUUCGUCCAAGAGAGGACGUGACCGUUCACCUGCUCUUUGCUCCGACCCGAGUGGCCUGCAUGUUGGCCAAGCUGGAAAUCAAACAGUCUGGAGUCCGGCCUUCACAGCCAGGGGUUAAAUUCACUAUUCCGCUGUCCGGCUACGGUGGGACCAGUAACAUCAUCCUAGAGGACCAGAGGAAACAGGCAGACGGCUAUGUAGCAAUGCUAACCGACAUCGCCGUCGGCCGUGUUAGCAAAGUGUGCCUCUGCAUCAGGAACACCGGCUCCAGAGCAGCUUUCGUCAAAGCCGUGGCGUUCUCUGACCUGCAGAAACGAGUGGCUAUGGAACCUUCUGUCAUCAGCCUGGCCCCGUCACAGUUUGUGCUGAAGGAAAGGACACAGGAGGUCAUCACUGUGCUAAUGAAGUCCACCCUAAGAGAAGCCACCCUCUGUCAGUCGGGCACGGCACUCCUGGCUUCUGUCGGUCUGUUUUGUGGAGAUGAAAUCUCCAGGCAGCAGUACAGGAGAUUGCUUCAGUGUAAACCGGAGGCCGUGCGAAAGGCUCUGUCUGAAAACAGUCUGCUGAGAAACAUCAACUUUAAUGAGAAGUUCCUGGGAGAAGAAAACAUUGAUGAGGCCUAUGACCUGCCCCAGAGACCCAAUGAAGCGCACAUCUUUUAUGGAAACAUGAGCAAGACAAUGGUGUCACUGCUGGGAAGCAACGGAAGCACAAACUGUGAGCAGAGCGAUUCAACGGAGCCACCGCUGCUGCCCUCGUCUCGACACAGCUCAGAGACGGACAGUGCUCUGCCAAAUGUCAACGUGUCCCUGGACGUGCUGCCGGUGAAAGGCCCCCAGGGUCCUGCUCUGAGAGUGAUGGAGCCCUCCUUACAGGCCUCAGAGUCCUGGACCAUACACCCAGAACAACUCGUCCUGGCUGCUCCUAGCAUCAGUGGUGCAGCACCGACCAGUCAGGUUCAGAUCAGGAACAACACAUCCAGAGAGCUGAGCUUUGAUUUAUCCUGGCCUGCUCACUGCCUCACCAUCACCCCACAGCAUGGGACCAUCGAGCCGCAAUGCCACCUCCAGAUAUUGAUCAGUCCCAACCCUUCACUAGCAACAAAAUCUGCCCUGCUGCCGUGGAGCGGACAGAUUUAUGUUCAGUGUGACGGACAACAAAAGUUCAUCAAGGUCCAGAUUCGUCGUGACCUGGCUCUGGAUGUGUCUGCGGCUCCAGCAGAUACAUCUCUGUCAGCUCUGCCUCCUCAGGCUGCCACCCCAAUCCUGCCUGUGAGCCGGCUCCCCACCAACCCGCUGCUACCCUCACAGAUCCUACAGAUGCCUCAGGCCCUGGUGGAGAUCAACAGCAAGACCAUCAUCUUCCCCACCACGCCUUCAGGGGAAACAUCAGACGCCCAGCUGGAGGUGCAGAAUGGAGAUGUGGAAGUGCGUUGGUACCUGUCAUCAUUUGCUCCUCCAUAUGUCAAGGGGGUUGACAACUCUGGAGAUGUUUACCGGGCCACUUACACUGCUUUCAGAUGCAUCAGGGUCUCUGGCACUCUGGGAGCCCAUGAGAAGAUGCAGGUGCCUUUCACUUUCCUUCCCAGAGACAGAGGGGACUAUGCCCAGUUCUGGGACUUGGAGUGCCACCCUGUGUCCGAGCCACAGCAGAAAGCCAGAAUCCGCUUCCAGCUCUGUGGCACAGGGACAAAGUAUGGACCAGUGGAAGGACCCCAGGAAGGAGACUGCUCUCUAGUGAGGACGGAGGCCACAGUCCAGCCCAGGAGGAGAGCUGAGACCAUGUCAGGGAAAAACAGCCAGGAGGAGGUUGUGCGAAGAGGUGUGUACUCUCCUCAGGAUCUGUACACUUUCCCCGCCACACGGGCCGGAGAGUCCAGCACUCUGAAGGUCAACAUCCGCAACAACUCCUCUGAUACCCACGAGCUGAGAUUUGUAAACCCUAGGGAGCCCUUCCACAUCAAGCAUUCCAAAUAUUCCCUGAGAUCACAACACUACCUGAAGCUACCCGUCCAGUUCAAGCCCAGUACUGCUGGCAGACACACGGGCAUACUGCUCAUCCAGUCAGAAACAAGUGGAAGUCUUGUUAUUCAGCUAACCGGUGAGGCACUGCCUUGAACUCACCGUCUACCAACCUGCACUACUUCCUCAUGCUCUCCUCUGUACUGUUCGUCUUGUAGCAGACGAGGAUCAAAUAAAGACCACCCUGGACUCAAAUCCUGCGUCUCAUCAUAUUUGCUGAUGUAGACCGUAGCUGAUUAAGUGGAGAUGACUGAGACUCCACCGCCAACAUGGACACAUCUGCCUCUGGAUGUGGCACAGGUGUCUUCAGCUGGCCUGUGAAAAAUGAGGGUGCCUGUCUGUGCCUGACGCUGAAGGAUUUGGUCUGACUGGCUCCAAUUAUUCUGCACCACUAUCGCAUUUCAGAGACUUACAGAUUUCUGUCACUUGACUCUGGAUCUGGUGUUUGCCCGAUCUGCUAGUCAUGUCACAAGACGGCAUUGUUGUUGCCACGGCCCUCGCCAGACCGUACCAGUCAGGAUACGUUGGGGAUUACGUUGAGUUGGUCACACAGGAAUGCCUUUGUCUCUUGUUUGGUAACCUGGCUGCUGUGUUUGUUUGUUUUUUUCUUCUGGGGAAGGCUGAACCAUGUUGGUAAAAAGUGAAACCCUGAAGAACACUUUCUUUUUGUGUUUGACGACCUGAUAAAAUAACUUCUGCCUACUCCAGACUUAUGAUUUCAUAUCCACAUAUGUGCCAACUCUUUUAAUCUGGGUGUCAUUAAAGGAUCACAUUUUUCAGCUGUUUUGUUUCCUCGUCGCUCUCGGUCCACCUGCACAGAGGCCUUUGUCAGCACCAUGUGUAGACUGCCCCAGCAACCUCCAAGAAUCCAUCCAAGCCGACCAGAUGCACUUAAUUUUGUCGUGAAUAGGGCAGCUCGCAGCAACAUUAGGAUGGUUAAUGAUUGUUAUUACAUGCUAAAAGAGUUUCCUCUGGUGGGUUUAUUUUCUCGGCAGCUUGCCAGGACUGCUUAGUAUGGUUACCAUGGCAAAACAGUGUUAAUCACUGCUCCAGUCACAGAAAAUUAGCUCCCCAUUUCCUCCUUUGGCUCUUGGGCAAAUGGCCAAUAUUGCUUUGGGGUUUUGGCGUUACAUCCUUAAUCUAUGUUGGAGCUGGACUGGCACGAGGGGAUGUAGGUAGACUUGAUCAGGAUGUAUUGUUGAGCUGUUUGACGCCUCACACUGACGACUCAUCAGAAAUAAAGGCACUAAUAUUCUGUAUUUUAUUUCCUGCUUGUAGAGACAGUUUGAAUAUGAAGGCGGUGUAGCUGCUCUGUGUUCCUCUUCAUCUCACAUGUUUGAUUAACUAAUUGCACAUUCUUUAAAUAGUGAAUAAUGUAAUAUAUUAUUGAAUUACCACAUUUUAAAUAAAGUUUUGUGAUAAAUA